UAUUAUUGGCUUAUUGCACACCGAGCUCAGAGCCCAUUGCCAUGUCAUCCCCUGCAAUGAUCCAUACUCCACUUCCAUAUUCCACAGCCAAAGAACUUUCCGACUCCGGCGUCGCGGCCGCGGCUUUCCCCUUCAAUUACAUCUCCUGCAAACCCCCCGCCGCCGCGGCCGAGGACGAUAACAACGAGGCCGCGGACGAGGCACAGAUCCCAAGCAUCGAUUUCUCCUUGCUUUCGAGCAGGAACCCAGAUAAUCGUGCACAGAUUGUCCGUGAGCUUGGCCGUGCUUGCGAGGAGUGGGGAUUCUUCACUGUUUCGAACCACGGCGUGCCAGUGGCGCUGCAAAAGGCGAUGAUGGACGCGUGUGCAGGAUUUUUCGAUCUGACAGCGGAGGAGAAGGAGGAUUAUAUGGGGCGGCAGGUGCUGGAUCCGAUCCGGUUUGGGACGAGCUUCAAUUCAAAGGUGGAUGAUGUGCAGUACUGGAGAGAUUUUCUCAAGGUUUUCCAGCAUCCGGUAUUCCAUUACCCCACGAAGCCUACCAUUUUCAGAGAGGUAUUGGAGGGCUAUUCUAGACAUAUAAGACAGCUCGGUAAAGAUCUUCUUAACGCAAUAUGGGAAAGCCUUGGGCUAGAGGAGAAUGAUAUGCAGGAGGCCUUAAGCCUUAAGUCUUGCUUUCAAAUUCUAGUGGCAAACUUUUACCCUCCAUGCCCAAAGCCAGAGCUCGCAUUGGGCUUGCCUGCUCACUCGGACCACGGCCUUGUCACAGUUCUCAUGCAAAACGGGACAGAUGGGCUUCAAGUGAUGCACAAUGGAAAAUGGUUAGGCGUGAAGCCCCUCCCCAACUCUUUCCUUGUCAACAUCGGUGAUCAUAUGGAG